CCCCACUGUUCCUGGGCCCCUCCCCCUAGCGCCCUAGCUUGACCUAAGGUGCUGGUGAGGAGCACACAUCAUGGACUUACUGGUUACCUGCUUUGUGUUGCUGACCCUGCUGCUGGAAGUCACCGGGAUCCAGGAGAUGUUCCAAAUGUUGCCAACGAAAUUGGACGCCCAACUUGGCCAGAAGCUGGAGCUGACAUGCGAAGUGCGGCAGUCAACCACCGUGCAAGGAUGCUCUUGGCUAUUUCAGAGUCGCAGCUCCACCACCCCUAAACCCAUCUUCAUAGCAUAUACCUCUACGAGCCGGUUCAAGCUGGGCGAAAAGGUCGAUGAGAAAUUGUUCUCUGCCCGGAAGAGUGGCAGCAAGUACAUCCUCACCCUGAGCAAGUUCAGCACAGAACACGAAGGCUAUUACUUCUGCAGUGCCACCAGCAACUCGAUGAUGUACUUUAGUCCUCUCGUGCCGGUCUUUCUGCCAGGGCCGUUCACCACCAUACCAGUGAGGCGAUCACCCACACCAGUCCCCCCUAUCGGGACAACCCGGCCCCUGCGACCAGGAACUUGCCGACCCGUGGCUGGUGGCUCAGUGGAGUGGAAGGGACUGGAUUUCGCCUGUGAUAUCUACAUCUGGGCACCCUUGGCCGGAAUCUGCGGGGUCCUUCUGUUAUCCCUGGUCACCACUCUCAUCUGCUGCCACAGUAAGUUCUGGAGAGUCCCCGCUGAGAGGAGUCUGCCUCAUACCGGUGCUGUGUGCUCGCUCCAGAUAGCUCUUGUAGAGAUGAAGUUCAGCCCUGGGCCAUUACUGUCCCACAAGAAAACCGGCAAGUCUACCAUGCAUGAAGGCUGUAUUGUAACAGGAUCGGGCAUUUCUCAAAUGACCAACGUGUCGGUGUAUGGAGGCAAAUAG